AUGGAACUAAUAAAAUUUUUCUUUCAGUUUUGCUCAUCAUUUCAUUCGAAUAACGUACCAAGUUCCACCACACGGAAGGAGCCAGAUAUUAUACCAAAGAUUGCAAAUGCAAAUGAUCCAUCAAAUAUAUCUACUCUUCUACCGGAACCUUUACGACUAACAAAUAGUGAUCCGCUGGCUCAAAGUUAUUCAUCUUUACAAAGUACUCAUUCAGAUUCGAUAGCUAUGACACCAUCAAUGAAUGCCAAGUCUUCAGCAAAACCUUUAACUAACACAACAACAGCAACAUCACUUUCAUCGUCACUUCAUCUACAUCGAAAACGUGCUUCUCAUCGUCAUAACCUUAGUGGAUUCGCAGCUCUUACACGUGAUCAUAAAAAUUCAUCUUACAAAUCAGAACAACAAACUAAUAUACAGACGCUACAACAAGAACCAGAAUCCAAAUCACCAUUUACUCGUAAUAUAGAAGCUAUUCUUAAUGAACAUUUAACCAUGAUUAAUAGUUUACUUUCAAAUUACUCAUAUAAUACUGGUAUACAAUGUGCAACACAAACGUCAUCGAUUCGAGAUUUUCUUUAUAUGCGUUUAAAUGAUUUAUCACAAAAGAAUCCGAUGAAUGAACGAUGCUCAAGAGUUGAAACAAAAGCAUUUAUUGAUUUAAUAAGUACUUUUCAAAUGAAUCGAGCUCAUCAUUACGAAUUUUUAACGGAAAGUGUUAAAGAUUUAAUUACAAUAAAUCAAGAUGUUAUUCAGCUUUCCAAUAGAUAUCUUGAAAGUGAAGUUGAUGUAACCAAAGAUGGUCACAUGGCUAGUAAUGAAUCAUCAGAGACAUCAUCGCCAUCACUAACUCGUAAUACAAGUACUGAGCUAAAAUAUGAAAUAAAUAGUGAUGGCAUAGCAUUUAAAGAUAGUCCAUUACGUUUUUUUCGUACACUAUCACAAGAUUAUAUUGAAGAUUGUGAACGAACUGAAAAUGAUCUUACAGAACUAUUUGAUUUAGCUGAUCAGCAACAUAUACUUUACUGUUUAAAACAUGUUGAUAGUGGUCAUACAAAUGAUACAUUAUCAGUAUUUCAUCGUCGAUUAGAUGCACUUUUUGUUUGGUACAAUCUUUAUUAUGAAUUAACGACAUCGGUUAGAAAAAUAAGUGGACUCUUACGUUGUGAUGAUUGUGAAGAUUGGCCAAAAUUAAGUUUUCGUUCGAUGGUAACAAGUCGCGAACGUAAAGCUAAACGAGCAAAUGAAUCUUUUGCUGAUUACGAUUCAACAGGUGAUGAAGAAGAAGGAGAAGAUGAUGAAGAAGACAAUGAUGAUGGAGUAAAAUUAACUGAAGAAAGUGACGAGGAAAUCGAAUCAGAAGAUGAUGACGAAAGUGAUAUUCUACCAAAAAGUUGUUGGCCUGAAGAGCCUCUUGAUCAUUUUUCUCGUCUUAACAUUUCUGAUGAUUCGAAUCCAAAUGAAGCAAACCCUAAAACCACUAAAUUAAAUCGUAUCGAUUGUUACCGAAAUUUUGUUUACUAUAUGGAUAAACGUUCUUAUCAAGUUAAAUACGAUGGUUUAGCAAGAACACUAAUUGAACGCGUUGCGCCAGUUCUUGUUAAAACUCGUCUUGCUUUAUUACAAGCAAAUGAUCGACGUAAAGUAAAAGUUGAACAAGUUCUUGCUGGUCUAUCACUCUGUGAAUGCCCAACAGCAAGCAGAAAUAAAUCAGAAUCGAAGAUAAAUAUUACUAGUGAUGAUACUGAGGAUAAACUUGUCGAUACAGAUAAUCCAGUUGAGGAAGACACGACAACAAAUCUCAAUAUUGGAGAAUUAACAAUCGAAAAAUGGCUUUUCAGUGUACUAAAAUCAUGUCCAACAAUAAAAACAGUAUGUUCGUAUACAGAAGAUACUCUAAAGCAAAAUUGGCUGGAACUGCAUCAACAAUUAGGUUUGCCUUCGUUGCUACCGUUAUAUUUUUUUAUUAUUAAUGUUUUGCUUGAUGUUAUGAAUGAAUGCUUAAUACUUUAUCAUAAACCUUACAUGAAUAAUGCUACUAUUGAAAUAGAUUCUCUUUGUCGGCAACAACUAGUUCGUGAAGCAAAAUUAGUUUUAAGAGAUGCGUUAGCAACUCGUUUAUACAGUAUACGCAUGAUGGAACAAUUUGUUUCACAUCGGAAAAUAGUUGAUGAACUGAUGGAAUUCGAUGAAAAUACACUUAAGCUUUAUACGCAUUAUAAACAAUUUUUAAGUACAGUUUGUAUUAAUCGUUCAUUUGGUGGACACGAUGACGACAUGAUGAUUAUGAAUAAUGAAACAAAUACAGAUUUGUAUUAUUAUGUUGACGAAGAAACAUCAGAAUUAAUUAAAGAAUAUUAUUUUUCACGUGAUUUAACAGUGACAUUAGGAAAUCGUAAUGAAAUUCGUGAUUUGUGUAUUGAUUUUAGUACUUUAAUACAACGAAUAUUAGUACAAUUGAAAGAAGAAUUAAACGGUAAAACGGAAAAAUACUAUCAAGCAUUUACAAUUAACAUGAGUAAUACAUCGAAAAUUUAUGAUGCAUCUUCUUCGGCUGAUGUAAUAUCUGAACUCAUCAAGCCACCUUCAUUUGUUGCAUCGAGUAGUGUUCCACAUGAUUUUCAUCAUAGUGAAUUUUCAUUAUGUGACUCAGCAGCAUCAUUUUCUGAUCAAAAAAAAAACGAUAUUAUUUCAAGUACACGUGAAUUUCGUCGAGAUUUCGAUACAAUCAAACAACGUGCAAUACGUGUUUGUCAAUUAGCAAAAACUCUUAUUGUGGAUUUUUCAAUUGCGGCUGAAUUUAGAUGUUCUAAUCAUCAUGGCUUAUGGCAGCAGCUGCUACAAAAUUCUUAUACUCAAGUUAAAAUUUAUUUGAGUAGAAAUUAUGUCGAUGAUUUUGAUAAUUUUCAUGUAUUUGUUCCGCCUUGGUUAUCAGCAGAAAAAGAUCAAGUCGAAAGAUUAUUGAGUAUUGUAUGUUCACAACAAAUUGUAGUAGAUGAACCAUGUAAACCUAAAAAAGAAGCACCGCUAUGCUAUAUGAUUUUUGUACCCAAGAAAAAUUUAAAUCGGCACAAUUAUGCAUGGACAGGAAAAGUUUUAUACAUUCAACCGAGUGAAAGUACAAAAUUAGCAUUAAAUUCCAUUGAACUUAGCUCAUUACAUUUGGUCGUUAAUCGUUUUGAUCAUUGGAAUAGUGCUGUUAGUUUAUUUAAUUCACAUGCUGGAUUAAUGAAUGUUGAACUAAUUAGAAAAGUACCACGAGAUGAAGAUAUUCGUGUAACAUUUUAUCAAUUAUCUGAGCAUGUCGAAAGAUUAAGUACUACAUUAACUGAUCUUGUUCGUAUAUUAAAUACACUCUGGGAUCAAGAUUCAACAAAACUUUAUCUGGCAGAAAUUGCUAAGUUUGAUGAACAUACAAUCGAAUCGAAAUUAGCUGAUCUUGUUCUAUAUAUUUAUAAUUCGGGUUUUGAUCUAUUUCGUCUUUUAUCCGAAGUUUUACUAACUAUACCAACAAAUAAUCAUGAAAUCUUUGAAAAAUUUGUUAGCACAAUGAAUGAAUUUUUUUGUCAAUGGUGUAAAUGUGUGGCGAAAAAAUUUAAACACACAUCAAUGAAACAAACUCGAACAGUUAGAUAUAAAGUCUUCAGUCCAAAAUGGCUUUCACCUGGAAUGAGUUUUUUGCGUUUUCUAGCAGAUUCAACUCAUCUACAAUUACUUUCAAAUGAUGAUUAUAAAAAAUUAAUCAAAGAAAUGCCCGCUGCUCUUGAUGUUCUUUACGGAAAUGCAGGAGUGAAUCAUUCUUUAGUUACAUUAAAAGCGCGUUCAAAUAGUGUAUCGUCUACAUCAACAACGUUGAGUCGAACACGUGGACAUCGAAGAAAUGAAAGUGGCGGCCGAUCUAAUGAAUUAAUGUCUUCAACUUUCAUUACACCUCGUGAACGUAUCAUACAGAAAAUUAAAAAUCUUGAACAUGAUUUAGAAAAGAAGUUUCGUGAGCGUAAACAAAUUGGUCAUAUAUUUAAUAAUGCAACGACAACCAAUGGACCAACUCCAGAUCCUGUGAUAUCACUGAAAAUGCGGAAUAUCGAUUUUCCAUGGCGUCGUGGUACACGUAUUGGUAGAGGCGGUGCUGGUGUCGCAUUCCGAGCAAUUAAUUGUUCAAAUGGUUCGAUUGUUUGUAUGAAAGAAAUACAUUUAUCACCCAUAAAUUCAUCAUUAUCAAGUGCAUAUCAGAGAAAUCUUCGACGUAUUGCAGAAGAAAUCGAUAUGAUUAUGUCUAUUAAUCAUCCGAAUAUUGUACGAUACUUUGGUAUUGAAAAAUAUAAGAAAACAAUUUAUAUUUGUAUGGAAUAUUGUUUAUCGACAGUAAAUGAAUUUUUGAAUGAUAUUCGAUCAUUUGAAAAACGUCAACGUAUAAAAAGAAAAAAUGAUGCUUUAUGGAGUGAUUCAAGCGAUCAAGAUGAAGAUCUGAAUACAGGUGGUAUUCGUUUAAGCUCAUCACUUGAUAUUAAAGAACAUGUUCGAGGAUUUGUUAAACAACUUUUACAAGCUUUAAUGGCUUUACAUGAACAUUUUAUUGUUCAUUGUGAUGUUAAAGGUGAUAAUAUAUUUAUUGCAAAUGAAAAUGGAAAUUAUAUUGUCAAAUUAGGUGAUUUUAACUUAUCACAUCGACUUGGUAUCGAAUCACGAUCAUCCGAUACCAGUGAUUCACGUACUACACAAAAAGGAACUAUAUACUUCAAACCUCCAGAACCAGAAUAUGUUUACAAAUCUGAUAUAUGGGCACUUGGUUGUACUAUAAUAGAAAUGUUAACUGGCAAAUUACCAUGGGCAACUGUAACACGUCCACCUGAAGAUCAAUUCUAUAUUCAAAAUCAAUUAUUAGCAAAAAAAGGCCCACCUAUUCCAGAGGAAUUACGAGGGCAAAAAGAAGCCUACGAAUUUAUUGAACUGUGUUUAAAGCCUGAUCUUGAACAGCGUCGAUCAGCUAGAGAAUUACUUAGCCAUCCAUAUCCUCGUGUUCGGACCGAUUCUUAA